CACCACUUCAAAAGCAAAGUGUGAAGUUUUCUGUGCUUUAGAGGUGGUAUUGUCAUCUUUUGAUUGCAAGAGCCCUGGAGUUGGCAUAGCCGAGACUUUGGAUAAACUGGAAGGUCUCUGUGGGGACUGGAAUAAGGGGCGACCAGCGUGGCUGCUGGGAGCUCCGAUCCUAACGCAGAUUCUGCACCCCGUCCUGCUGAUCCCCGACCCGUCCGUCCCCAAGCCCUGGAUUUCUCCUUCCCGUGCUCCUGCACUUGAAUCCCCUCAUGCCCUUCAACCCCGGGCCAAGUCCGGGUUUUUUGAUCGUUUCACCUCGACUGUUGGCCGGAUGUUGUUCCCGCCGCAGAAGUUUAAAGGUUUCAUUCCCAUCCGGGAUGAAUACUCAGUUGGAACUCCCAGAAAAUCUAAGAAACCUCAUCAUCGACCACAACAGAUGCAGGAUGAGGACUUAGAUUCCAGUAUGGAUAUCUUUUAUCCCGAGGGGAGAGAACCCUUGGAUGUACUGGGAGAUUCAGAGAAACACCCACAGAUCCCUCACAAGACUGAAUCCUUUUCACCCCAGUCCCAGCAUCCAGAACCCUCUGAAGAGCUAGAACAGCUUCCCUUUAAGGCCCUGGAAGCUGAAGUUUCAGCAAGCACACAACAGACCCCAGCUGCACUUCCAGGAUCUCCUGAGGAAUCGAAACCUUUAGUUCAGGACUUAGAUUUGCUGUCCAGUACCCCUGAAGAGGGUGAUACUGCUUCAGUCCUGCCAGAAAUCCUAGUUCAGCCUACAUUGGGUCCUGAGGAAAUGGGGUCUUCAGUACCUCAGGAGGUGGAAGCUCAGUCUUCAGAGUCAGGUCUGAAAGCUCAGUCUUUACUGCAUCAUCAGCCAAAUGAACUGUCUCCAGUCCAGAAAGAAGCCCAUCUUUCAAAUAUAUCUACUGUCAUCAUCAAACCUGCCUAUCUGCAGAUUACCGGAACUCCAAGAGUCAACAAGCAGGAUGAAAUUUCAACCCAGCCAGAAACCCUAAGUCUAAGUCACACAGGAGAGACCCGUGAAGAGAAUGAACACUCUCUAGCUCAAGAGGUGGCCCAGUCUCAGCCUCUAGAGAGCCCUAAGGGUGACUCUGCCACACAGCAGGAGGCAGUGGCUCAAGCUCCAGAGAUCCUUGAGGUGACUGAAUCUUCUAUCCAGCAGGAAUCCCUAGCUCAGCCUCCUGAAUCUUCUAUGGAGUUGGAAGCUCAACCAUUUCUUCAUCCUGCGGAAAAUCUUCCAACUCCAAAUCAGAAUGGAACUUCACACUUAAACUUGCCCCAUGUCACUGCUCAGCAUUUGAGUGUGACAUUUUCCAUUUUUUCAGAGGUUGGUGAUGAGGUUGAAUCUUCUCCAGUGCCACAGGAGGCCCUGGAUCAGCCGUCUGAGCCAUCUGAGGAAUCUGUCACUAAUCCACCUCUGCAUCCCGAAGAGUUUAUUACAUCUUCACGUCACAAUGAAUCCCCAAGCUUAAAUUUGACAUAUGUCAGUGCUAAAGCUAUUGGUGUGACAUUUUCCAUAUCUACAGAGAUCAGUAAUGAGGAUGAACCUUCAGUCCAGCAGGAGAUGCAGGCUCAGUCUCCUGAGCCAUCUGAGGAAUCAGUCACUCACCCUUUCCCGCAUUCUGAAGAAAAUAUUCCAUCUCCAAGUCACAGUAAAGCUCCACACAUCAACUUGCCCAGUGUCACUUCUAAUCCUAAGGGUGUGACUAUUUCUGAAACUACAGAGGUCAUAAAUGAUGUCAAACCUUCAGUUCAGCAGGAGGCCCAGGCUCAACCUCCAUCCCAAGAGGUCCAGGCUUCAUUUCCAGGCCUCUCUGAGAACAUGGAAUUAUCUGGCUGGCAGAUUGUAUCAUCAACCAUUUCUGAAACACAGAAGUUCCAGAGUGAGAUGGUAGCUCUACAUUUGGGUCAGACUCUAACUCAGCUUUCGCCAGACAAGGAACCUGCUGAGAAAAUGGAAAUUUCUUCACCUGUGCAGGAGACCCUCACUCAGCUUUCAGAGUUACCAACAGAUAUAGUUUUGGCUCAGGCUUCAGAGCAUUUGGAAGGACCACUUUCAGCAUCAACUCGGCAUCCAUCAUCAGUCUGGGUCACGACUCUCACGGCAGAACCAAGUAGGGAGAGUAAAGCUUCUACGACCCUGAAGAAGACUAGCGCUCCCACAGAGCACACUGUGACAAAACCAACAGGGAAUGUGCGGACUCAUUCAAUCGCCACUAAGAUUUCAGCUCUACCCAGUCUGGGGGUUUUGAAGACAGUACCUUCUCCAACCACACAAAAGACUACAGGUCAGACUUCUCAUCAAAAUCAACCUUCUACACACCAAUAUAUAACUGUAACUCCGGAACGCACUGUGAAGACUAAACCCUCGACAACCCUGACAAGUACCAGUGCUACAGAACACUCAGAUGUGACACCUAUCACACCAUCUCUGAGUCCUCAUUCAAACCUGAGUGAAGUCACGUAUCCACCUAUAAACAAGGACGUUCCUGUCACUGAAGGCAGGUCAGUUACAGCUCCAACCAUGCAAGAGACUGGAGUUCCGUCUUCAAAGGCCCCAAAGAAAGCUGAGGUAACAGUUUCAACAAGUACCACUCUGACAACCCCCACAGAGGGAUUGCUGUCAGAACAGGGUCAGCAUCAACACACAGAUCUGAGUGAACAGACAUCUAUAACUUUGGACGAAACGCCACAACCAGAAACAUCAAGGACAGCUUCCCUGACUCACUCUUCAGCCCUAUCUUCUGGACGAUCUACUUCCGAAAAGGCACAUGUAGAUUUCCCUGAGCAACUACAACAGAAUGAACACAUGACCUUCAACAUAUGUGAGCUUUGUACCUGCACAGAGGAUACCCUCUCCUGCACCGGUCUCAGUCCAGAGAAGAGACUCCGUAGAGUGCCUGUGCCAGGGCCCAACAUCAAUAGGACCUUCACUAUACUGAAUUUCCAAGGAAACUCUAUUUCUUCCAUUGAUGGAAAUACAUGGAAGGCAUACCCUUGGGUUGAGAAACUAGAUUUAUCCUGCAAUAAAAUACAGUUUAUUGAAAGGCGUACAUUUGAAGAACUACCAUAUCUGCAGUAUAUGAAUCUUAGUUGCAAUUUAAUCACCGAACUGAGCUUUGGAACGUUUCAGGCCUGGCAUGGAAUGCAGUUUUUACAUAAGAUAAUUCUCAGUCAUAAUCCUCUAACAGCUAUUGAAGAUUCAUAUCUUUUUCAAUUACCAGGAUUAAAAUAUCUAGACAUGGGAGCAACACAAGUGUCGCUUGGACCAGUCCAAAACAUCCUCAUGAUGACUCUUGAAUUGGAAAAACUGAUAUUACCUAGGCAUCUCACCUGCUGCCUCUGCCAAUUUAAGAAUGAAAUAGACUCUGUCUGCAAAGUAGUCAAACUACAUUGUGAAUGUACCAGCAGCACACACUGCGAUGAGGAAUCCAUAAAUAAUAUAGAAGGGGAGUUCAUGGAGACUUUACAGGCCCGAAAAAAGAACACUAGCACCGAACUGACCAUAGAACCGGACAAGGCCUCAUCAGAGAGAGACAGAAUGUCCUUUUUCAUAAAUGAGCAGCUGGACUUCAAUGAUAACGAUAUGAUGAAUAAGCUAAAUUACAUAAUGCCUUUUUUCCAGGAAGGUAACAUAAAAAAUGUUGAAUCAACCUUGUUACCCUUCCUUAAGCUCCUUUUUAAAGAUGUAAAAGACAAAGCAAAUCCUGGGGUUCAUUUGAAGAACAGCACAAUUCCGAUGUCUCUACAGCUUGAAUCCAACAAUUCAACAUACAAUAAGUUGAAAAGUCUCCAUUUUCUGAAAAGCUUGAUAAAUGCAGCAACUCAAGCAAAAGUCCACAAAGCUAGGAAGAGAGAGAAAACUGCCACGCUGGUCCGUUCCAUACUUUUCGGGCCCAAAUUGAACCGUCAGAUCUUUCCGAAGAAAUUGAAAACUGUCUGGCCAAAGAGAAAACACUUAGGGAAGGUGGCAGAGAGGGAGAGGAAACCACUGCAGAUGAGCAGCGUGCUCAAGGACCCCGGGGGCCUCCAGAAAAAAGAGCUUCCCUUGGCGGGGAGGCCCAGGAAAUGGGUGGAAAACCCCUUCAAUGAGGAGUCAAACUCCAUCCAGGAGCACAAGGCGGUGUUCUCCAUGCCCCUGGAAGAAUUCUCCAUGGGCAGGCCAUCUGCUGCCACUUCUAAAGUCCCACCCGAGAACCCCAAAGACCUAAGGGACACUUUCCGCGUUUUAGAAGACGCAGAUGCCAGGGUUCGGAACAUGAAGUUUCCCAGCCCCGUGCCACACAAUAAAAUAAAUUAUAAUUUUCAGAAAUCUUAUUCUCACCUGGGAAGCAGAAGGGCUAAAGCCAGCGCGAAUAGAGACACGAAAGAAUCAGCACCCGAGAGGCCGGUGCGAGUCGCCAAGCGGCCUCCUUUCGCUGCAGUGAAGAGCCUCAUCAAGUCCCCGCCAAGAGAGGAGUCUCUGUCUUGGAGAGAUCAGGACAAACCUUUGCUCCAGUCCUUUCAACCUUCACACUCAUCUGCAGGAAAGAAGAUUGCAGAAAGCACGCAUGCUGCAAAUGGGGCGAACACCAGAGGCAUCACGCUGCAAGAGAAAACGGUCGGUAGCAAAGGCACCUCCCAUGAGAAGGACACCCCGAUGGUGGACAACCUCACGCCGACUGUCAAGCAGUCCAGCGAGAUGCAGUGGGAAUAUCACAACGUGGCCACGGACAUCGUCUCUGUUACACAAAAACCAGACCCAGGAGACAAGCUGGAGAUGGAAUACAUCCAGCAGCUGCGGUCCCUUAUCCCCAACAACAACGUGAGGAAGUUCAUUGCUCACUUAAUGCGGACUCUCAAAAUGGACUGCUCUAAGCCCCAGGUGCAGGUGGCGUGUGCCAAGAUCCUCUCUGAAACCGGCCUCCUGAUGAAGCGUCUCAGUGAGCAGGAGGAAGGAAAGGUUCCCAAGCCAGAAUGGGAUACGGACCAGUGGAAGACUGAGAACUACAUUAGUGAGAAUACCGAAGGCCAGAGUGAACAGAAACAGCCAGACGAAAGUGAGCUCACAAAAGAAGUUCCAGGAUAUGGCUAUCAUGAUGGCUAUCAUGAGGCCAAAGCAAUCGUGGUAAUAUUUGUGAUUGUAGUCGUGAUGAUAUUGAUUAUAAUUAUCGGUCUCAUUGAGAUAUAUGGUCAGAGACGAAGAAAAUCUAAAAAUGGAAGAUCCAGGCCCUCUGGCAGUUCAAACAGCCGAAGUACAGUGGAACACGAGAGGCAGGGGGGCUUCAUCUGGCGAAGGUGGCCUCUGUGCGUGAGAGACAGAUAUCGGCCACUCAGUGUCACACAUAAGAAAAGCAAAAAACUGCAUGACAAGGAUUCCUCCGAUGAGGACAUAAUUUUCAGCCAAUAUCCAGGGGAGCUCAAGGAGGUCGUAGUAGCAAAAACAGAAUUGACUCCUGAGGAGAAAGCAGCCAAGACCAAGGCAGCCAAGAAGACCCAGGGAGCACAGGCACCUCAGCGCCCCCUACUUGGCACCCCGACACCACAGACUCCCCAGUCAAGUCUGUCCAUCAAGGCUCCACAGGCCCCCCAUGCACUCGAGUCCUUCAGAUCCCAGGAGAUCUCAUCACAGGAGAUCUCAACUCAGAUUGAGGAAGUACAGGACUCCUCAAAGGGAGCCACCGUGUCCGAAUGAACGGCUCCCGCCUCAGACCACCUGGAAAUUUGUCUUUCAUAGUGAAACAUUCCAUGCUCUUAUAAUAAAAUCACGAUGAGCCACAUCCAAGUACUAUACUAAUAAGUUCUUUACAUGCUUAGAAUGUGAAGGCUCAUAACAACCCUAUGACUUUAUUACAAAACAGAGGCUUGGUUAGGGUACAUAAUGUCCCAAAUUUCUUACUACUUACAAUGCCUAGAUCUAAAUCCUUGAAAUGACUGUCUAUACUCAUGAUCAGUAUGCAUCCUUUCUAUUGUCCUUUGCUAGAUCUCCAGUCAAUUCUCCUAAAACAUUUUUUUAAGUCAUCUUACCAAUCAUCUUUUUUUUUAAUCAUUUUUUAAAAAAUCAUCUUACCUCUGCCUGCUUCCCCCAAUCUCAUUGACCCAUGAGUCACACCCAUAAGCCACCUCCUGUAGGCACCAGAUAAUCAUCUCAUAGGCCACUGUUCAGAAUUCACACUGCUUCUCCCGGAAGGGAGAAUAAAAUGAGGCCCCCAUAGCCAUGCCACCGGACUCCACACCAGGCUGUUUA